AUGCCAGUGUUUUCAUCGCUCCUUCCGACCGUCAUAAGCGCAUAUGGUCUUCAAACCGCCUUGGCUGCAAUAUUCGUUCCUCGAGCCAAUGACAAGUUCUUCGACCUCGGUGGAGCAUUAGGCUUCCUCUCAACUACAUUUGUCUCCUUCUAUUACCCUUACAUAAGGGUGAAAAUAUGGGACGCAGCGAAACUCACGCCUACACCCCUUCUUAGUACCUUCGCCCCGAGGCAGAUCCUUCUCAAUCUUGCUCUCGUCGCGUGGAGUACGCGCCUCGGUAGCUUUUUGUUCACGAGGGCUAUCGUGCGUGGUGGCGACUCCAGAUUUGAUGAGCUCAAACAUCAGCCUGUCGGAUUCACUGCGUGCUGGAUGUUGCAAGCAACCUGGGUACUUACCGUCGGCCUCCCGGUCUACCUGUCGAACACCAUUCCGGCAGCAGUGCAUCCCCCAUUGAGGACUCUUGACUACCUGGGUGCCGCUCUUUUCGCUGGAUCAUGGCUCUUCGAAAUCGUCGCCGACCGCCAAAAGUCCGCAUGGCGGGAGUCAAAAGAUGCCAAAGAACACAACGAAAAGUUCAUAUCCCACGGCCUAUGGGGCCUAAGCCGUCACCCAAAUUAUGUCGGUGAAGUCGGUUUGUGGACGGGAAUAUGGCUGCUCUCCAUAAGCUGCCUGCGCACACCCUAUUUCCCACGUGGAACGUGGUUGUUGGCCGGUGCGAGCCCACUGGUGACAUGGUUCAUAGUCCGCAACGUGUCGGGCGUCCCGCCGCUUGAGAAAGCCGGUGACAGAAAAUUUGGCGACGACCCUAAGUGGCAGGAAUAUAAGCGAACGGUUCCCGUCUUCUGGCCUUGGGGAUCCCGCGGUUGA